UUAUACAACGCUCAAGUUCGUUAUGAGCUUAUUUGAAGGGCAACCUGAACCUCUUCCCGAUGAGAUUGGCGUUGUUAAAGCGCAAUAUUUAAUAAAAGAAAAUAUCAAGAAAUGGCGAGAGAAAGAAAUUAAAAUUGGCAUCACAGGAACGUUUGGCGUCGGGAAAUCGAGCCUUAUUAACGGUCUUAGAGGGCUUGAUGACGAUGACGAGCGGGCUGCAAAAACGGGAGUUGUUGAGACAACAUCAGAAGCUGGCUUUUAUCCUUACCCUGACAAUCCAAAAAUCACACUCGUGGAAAUACCAAAAACCACCUCAGCAACCUAUUCAGGCAUCCUUAAGUUGUGUGAUAUGUUUUUGAUUUUAAGUGCUACAAGAUUCAGAAUAGAAGAACACCAGGCAGCGCAAGAAAUCAAGUCAAUGGGAAAAUCUUUCCUCCUUGUGCGCACGAAAUUGGACUUGGAUGAAGAGAACGAAACAAAGCGGAAAAGACGCAAGAUUGAGGACGUAGUAAAAGGUAUUCUGGACAAUUGUCUGGAAAAUUUAAAAGAUCUUAACAUUGGUGAAGGCGAGAUUUUUCUUGUGAGCAACCAUGACAAAGAUAAAUGGGAUUUUUACCGCCUCACUGAAACUAUCCUGAACAUGUUGCCUACUCAGCAGAAAGAGGCGUUAAUUCGACCAGUGGUGGAGAAAUCAAAAGAUUUCGUGAAUAAGAAAGUUGAAGUUUGGCGAGAUCAGCUAUGCAGCUGGAGUCUCUUUAUGUAUAUCCUGCUCCCACUUGAUAUCUUGACAUUGGGUUUUUUAUCGCAUCUAACCAGCACAUACCUAAUUAAGAUGAAAACCAAAUCUUACCUAUCUCAGCUCGACCUCCCGAAGGAAGGUUCCAAAGAGUUUAAUGCUAUGAGGCAAGGAUAUAAAGAAAGAUUGAAAAGUCUGUAUCCGAAAUACGAAAUCGACUUUUUCGCAAGGUACUUCCGGCGCAUUUCUCAUCCUGUUCAAAUAAUUCUUACUGCGAAGAAUACGAGGGCUCAUCUUAACGAUGUGUUGACUGAGAUGAAAUUUCUUUCCAUGGAUCUAAUAAAGGAAUCAGCUGCUAUGGCAAUUAAAGCAACCUAUUACAUAAGAAAGUAAACUGUAGUAAGCUGACAAAAUGUUAUAACAAAGUAACCACCAAAGUUAUAUAGCAAACUUCGUCAAGAAAACAGUAUAA